CAAACAUCGCAUCAGAUCGAAAUACAAAGUUUCAUUUCGCAAGAAAACGAAGAACAUAUCCAAAUACUCUGUUGCUUUAGAACAAGAAAGAAACAACAAUGACUCUUCGAAUUUUAUCUAGACCUAUGGGUGGGAUGGCAUGGACUAACAGGGUCAAUAUGGGAAGGAUGAAUUUAGCUGUGGGAAAGUAUUCAGGUAGUGUACAUGGUAAUGAUCCCGAUACUCUAGCUAGGGAAAAAGCCCGUAAUUUAUCAGGUACACAAGAUUCUUCUAGUCCUCAUAAAGAACAUGCCCCACAAUGGAACGAAGUUCUAGCCACUGAUUCAGAAGCUGGUGUCAAAGCCGAUCAAGCGGGUCCUCCUGGCAAACCUAGCAAAGCCCUGCAGGAACAGACCAUUUUUCAAACCCACAAACAUCACCAUGACGAAGAUGAUGGGAUGCACAAAGGUGUUAAACAUCAUAAAGCGAAACAUGAACCCACGCGUACGGGCAGUGAAGAGGCAGUGAAAGCGGAUCGAGGGGAACAUUAAGUGUGAGAAGUUAUAUAGCCGUUGUGAUAGGAUCCACAAUUUGUCUCAAAGUUUAAAAUGAUAUGAAUACAGUGUAUGUG